AGAGUGACAGUGAAGAAGACGAGGGCCUAUUAAUAUCUGCUGUCCCUGAUAAUCUGCCGGCAGACGCUCACAUAACGUCUUCCUGCUAAUCUGCUGGAACCGACAGUCGAGGAAACCCAGCAGGGAUCAGGGAUCACACCCACUGCUGCAGACACACUGGGAAUACUGGGAACACUGGUGAUACUGGUGACCCUCUCUAAAUGAGGACCAAGGGUGGCAGAACAGGAAGUAGCGACUUGCCGUCCAGGUUCCUCCCGUGUUUCAGUUGACUCGUCUGUUUGGACGUUUAUUUCUUUUUGUUCAUUCUGUCCUCUUAAAGAUAAUCCAUUCAGAUUAUUUUGUUUUCUUUAACUUGAUUUUAGUUUGUUUCACAUCUUGUUUUUUCUCUUUUCUACUUCUUUGGGUUGUUUUCUUUAACUCGACUUGUUCUGUUGCCAUCUUGUCACUUUUUCAUGAUGCAUCUUUUUGCAUUGUUUUGGAGCUUGUUGAGCUUCUUUCUGGGUUGGUUCUUUUGGGUUCUUUGGGCGUUUUGCUGUUUUUUAUGGACCAUUACUGUCUCUUUUUGCAGUUUUUUCUUCUGUUAAUCAUUUUUUCACCAUUUCUGAGUUUUUUCUGACAGAUUUCUGUUUGAUUCUCGAGGUUUUGACAUCUGUACAGAGGCUCACAGUUUAUUGUGUAGUGAAAAAAUCUUAGUUUUUCCUUUAUUUCAAGUUCAAUAACUUGAAAUACAGGAGCUCCUGUAAUGUUUUUUGGAAGAUUCAAGAGCUUGUUUUCAGUAAAUACCUUAAUAUUAAUAAAAUGCACUAGUUUUAAUGGAAGAUUAUUUCACUUAUGACGUUUUGAAAAAUAAUCUGAUAGUGGAAUAAGUACUUUUUAAGGUAUUAUUUACUGAAAACAAGAUUCUAUAUAUUGUUGAGAAGUUACUUAAAAGUUAUUUUUGUUUUAUUUCAAGUGUACUGAAAUACUAGAACCAAGAGUAACUGGUGAGUUUUUGUUUUUGCGGUGAUGGGUGAUGAUGUGUGGAUCAUCGAGCCUCAGCCUGAGCGUUCAGAACGCCAACGGUGGCGUUUCAAAUUCAGAUUCCUGAUGUUUUCUGUUCGGAGGCCUGGAAAGCAGCAGGUUGUCGUGGCUUUAAUUACAGUUGUGGUUUGAGGCGAUGACAGCUUCCUGUCGUCGUGCUGAUUCUCCAGAGGAGUGAAAGCCUCACUUCCCGUGAGCAAUUUAUAAUUCAUGUUCCAGGUGAACAGGGAUCAGGUGCUUCUGUAACAUGAGGAGACCUUUAUUCAGCCUGAAUGAACGGAGCAGACAGAGAGCUGCUGUCGCCACCAGGAGGAAGCAGACUGUCCUCUGCUUCCACAGGAAGGAGUUCAAAGAUUUCAGGGGAAAUUCAGAUAAAUGGCGUUCAGUCCGGUUUCACCAAACCACACGAACUUCCUUAGCAGAAGAAACAGAAAAGAGAAAGAAGCUGCCUGGUCCUGCAUUCUGCUGAGAUGUGAGUUUAACGCGAACCUGUUGGACAAAAACAUGUCAGGUCAUUUACCUGUGGAUUAGCCAGCCUUAAAGGGACAGCGUGACGUAUUUUCCAGGCAACUGGUGACAUUUUAAAGCAUAAUCGAGUAGGGCUGAAAUGAUUAAUCGGAUUAAUCGUUUAUUGAAAUAAUCGUCAACUCAUUUGGUAAUCGAUUAACAGUUGGAGUGUACAGAUUCAAAAAACCCAACACAUUAAAAGCAGUAAUUAAGCUGUUUAAGAAUUAUAUACAUUUUGCAUUCAGGAUAAAAACACAGUUGGCUUUGUGUAAUGCAUUUCUAAUAUUGCAUGAAAAAUGGUUCAAUUAAAUAAAAGUUUUAGUUUGAUUAAUCGAUCAGUGGUUAAUAAAUGAAAAGAAACUUGAUGUUGCAAUUAGACCCCUUGAAAAUGGACCUCUGUCUUUUUAAGAGGUUCUACUUUUCUGACAACAAUGCUCCUCCAUUAUGCUGUUUACAACCGCUCUUAACCUCUGAUCCUUACAUUUCUGCAAACUGGAGAUACAAAAAUAAAUUUGCUUCAUAGAAAUGGCAUUUCAGGAAACAUUUUGGUGCCAGGAUGAAGCAGUUUUUCAGCCGAGUUGAAAUUGGUGUAUUUUGCAAAAUUGUAAUAGAAAAAUUUUUUCGCAUCACACCAGUCAUGUGAUCGACAACCGGAAGUAACCGGAAGUCACAGGGGAUGAUGGCGCAGCAUGUUUUCCAUAUUCGCGUGAUUUCAAUUGCACUUAUUAUUUAAUGGAAACACCGGAAUUGAAAAAUCGUGUUUCUUUUGACAUUAACGAAAUACCAACAAAGUUUUGCUCACACCUGUAAUGAAAACGCAGCGACUGAAAGAGGUGGUCCAGUGGUCCAAAAGACUGAUGUACAUUAACAAUCCCAACAAUUCAGACAGUUUAGGAGUUUUAAUUCUCAUUAAUGAUAAAUCAAAAUCGUAUCAUUUAUCGUGAUAAACGAUAUGAUAAUUGCCAACCGUUACCUCUCACUGAGAUCAGUUCCGGUAACUCAGCAAAUUUUCUACACCAACAGCCGUAAGAGACCCGUCCGCAACCAACAUGGACACAUUUUUCCGUCGCCACUUCCGGAGGAAGGAAGCGUCCCUGGAGGGGGACCCCACCGCCGCUGCCUGCCGCCAGCGCCGGCCCAGCGUCGCCAUCCCCACCAGUAAGGCCCGCCGCCGCUCCAGCGUGGGCCUCCCAUCCUCCGCCCUGACGCAGCGCCGACGCUCGACCGUCCAGCCGCCGGCGCCAAAGAGAAAACAUGGCCGCCGGCGGUCCAGCACCACCACGCCCAGCCUGAACCCGCGUUUCGCCGUGUGCCGGAAGAAGGUGGGGAAGCUGCGGACCAUUGACACCCACCUGCUGGGGCCGUCCAUGCUGCUGGCCAGCCUCAUCCAGAUGGCGGAGGAGGAUGAGGAGGGCGGUCUGGGGGCGGGGCUUCCCGCAGGUGAACAGCAGGUGGAAGUGAGGGGCGGAGUCAACAACAGAGCGGCAUUUUCCCGCUCCAGCAGCCUCCAAUCGGACCGAGACGACGACAGCAGCGAUUACUCCAGCAAUAGCCAAUCAGAAGGCAGCAUUCUGUCUGAGACGGAGCAGCUGCCUGAGGAAGAAGAGGAGGACGAAGCCUCCACCUCCUCCCUCUCUACCUCCGCCCUGCUAGUGCAGAGGAAGCCCCCGGAUGUUCUGUCCCAGUCGCGGCCCCUGAUCCGGGCCCCUCGCUGCCUUCGCAGGAACUCCUCCCAGGUGUUCGCCGGAGACCUGUCCCCGUUCGUCUGCUACCGCGGCUCCAGCCAGAGGAAGAGGAGGAAGAUCUCCACCAUCUCCAAGGCUGGGAGCCCCUGGCCGGGCAGAGGCCACCCGCUGCCCUGCCGCAAGAGCUCCGUCUACUACCUCAACCACCCGGCCUUCUACAGGGGCCCCGGGCCCCUCAGCCCGCUGGGGCCCCACAGCUACGACUCCCGCCUGGAGAGUCUGAGUGCCUUCCUGCUGAAAGCCAUCGCCAAGUCGGGCCUGCAGAACGCUGCGACUCAAUCCAACGCGUCCGGACAGACGGACUCUCAGCAGCCCAACAGCACCAUCGACUGGAGCGAGAACGCCCAGUACGGGGAACACAUCUGGUUCGAAGCCAGCGUUUCUGGAGACUUCUGUUACGUUGGAGAACAGUUCUGCGUCGCCAAGUCUCUGCAAAAGUCCGUACCACGGAUGAAAUGUGCUGGCUGUAAGAUAUCGGUGCACGUCAUGUGCAUGGAGCAGCUAGAGAAGAUUAACUUCAGGUGCAAACCGUCGUUCAGGGAGCCGGCGUCUCGAGCCGUCAGGGAGGCCAACGUCGUUCGACAUCACUGGGUCCACAGGAGACGGCAGACAGGGAAGUGUCGGCAGUGUGGGAAGGGCUUCCAGCAGAAGUUUACAUUUCACAGCAAAGAGAUCGUAGCCAUCAGCUGCUCGUGGUGCAAACAGGCGUAUCACAACAAGGUGACGUGCUUCAUGCUGCAGCAGAUAGAGGAGUGCUGCUCUCUGGGGGCCCACGCCGCCGUCAUCGUCCCUCCAACAUGGAUCAUCAGAGUCCGCAAGCCGCAGACGUCUCUGAAAUCCAGUAAAAAGAAGAAACGGACGUCGCUGAAGUGCAACAAGUCGACCAAGAAGGGAGCAGAGCUCCAAGAUGGCCGCUGGAAGCCCUUCCUGGUGAAGCCCCUGCCCUCCCAGCUAAUGAAGCCUCUGCUGGUGUUUGUUAAUCCGAAAAGCGGCGGGAAUCAGGGAGCAAAGAUCAUCCAGUCCUUCAUGUGGUACCUGAACCCUCGGCAGGUGUUUGACCUGACCAAAGGAGGGCCCAGAGAGGGGCUGGAAAUGUACUCCAAAGUUCCCAACCUGCGGAUCCUGGCCUGCGGCGGCGACGGCACCGUGGGAUGGAUCCUGUCCGUGUUGGACCAGCUGAAGCUCCGCCCCCAGCCUCCGGUCGCCAUCCUUCCUCUGGGGACGGGGAACGACCUGGCCAGGACUCUGAACUGGGGAGGGGGUUACACCGACGAACCCAUCACCAAGAUCCUGUCGCACGUGGAGGACGGGAACGUCGUCCAGCUGGAUCGGUGGAACCUCAACGUGGAACCGAACGCCGAGGCUCGACCCGAGGAGCGAGAUGAGCAGCAGACCGACAAGCUCCCGAUCGACGUCUUCAACAACUACUUCAGCCUGGGCUUCGACGCUCACGUCACACUGGGCUUCCAUGAAUCCAGAGAGGCCAAUCCGGAGAAGUUCAACAGCCGCUUCAGGAAUAAGAUGUUCUACGCUGGAACGGCCUUUUCGGACUUCCUGAGCGGCAGCUCCAAAGACCUGGCCAAACACAUCAGAGUGGUGUGUGACGGGACAGAUCUGACGACGAAAGUCCAGGAGAUGAAGCUGCAGUGCCUCCUCUUCCUCAACAUUCCCAGGUACUGCGCCGGCACCACUCCCUGGGGAAACCCCAGUGAGAGUCAAGACUUUGAACCUCAGCGUCACGAUGACGGCUGCAUAGAGGUCAUCGGGUUCACCAUGACUUCUCUGGCGACGCUGCAGGUGGGCGGCCACGGGGAGCGUCUACACCAAUGCAAAGAGGUGACCCUCACCACCUUCAAGUCCAUCCCCAUGCAGGUGGACGGCGAGCCUUGCAAGCUGGCGCCGUCCAUCAUCCGCAUCAACCUUCGGAACCAGGCCAACAUGGUCCAGAAAGCCAAGAGAAGAAUCUCCAUGCCGCAUCUGAACGACCAGCAGCCGGUUCCUGAGAAGCUGCAGAUCAGAGUGAACCGGAUCAGCAUGGCGGCGUACGAGGCUCUGCAUUACGACAAGGACCAGCUGAAGGAGGCCUCGACGCCGCUGGGAGUCAUCGUCGUCCCCGGCGACAGCGACCUGGAGAUGUGCCGGCUGCACAUCGAGCGUCUCCAGGACAACCAGGACCAGGAAGUAGAGCAGGUGCGUACCUGGUGGUGGUGGAGCAGAUCCGGCAGGAGUCUGGAAGAACCGGGUUUCAUCCUGGUUCUUUUUCUGCUCCUGCAGGACGGAGACGAGAUGAAAGGAGAGAGUCUGUCGUCACAAAAACUCUCCAUCAACUGGUGUUUCCUGGACUGUACGACUGCAGAUCGGUUCUACAGGAUCGACCGGGCUCAGGAACACCUGAACUACGUGACGGAGAUCUCUCAGGAUGAGCUCUACAUCCUGGACCCGGAGCUGGUGGCGAAGGAGACUGUGGGAACCUCCCCCAAUAUGCCGGACCAGUUCUCCUACCCCUCCUCCCCCUCGUCACCCGCCUCUCCCAGGCAGAGGAAGAGGAUCUCCAGUGACAGUUCGGUGUCAGGGGCUUUGACCCAGACCUCACCUAAAACUACUCUGCAAAGGAGAGGAGCAAAGAUAAUCAGUGUCAAUCGCUCCGUUUCGACCGCGGCUGAUUUCAGACCAGCUGUUAGAACCUCCACUGCUACCUCACAGGACCCUGAAAAAGAUGCGGAUCUGAUCAGCUGCGUGAAGAAUGAGAACCUGAGCAGGCUGACGGAGCUCCACCAGCAGGGGGCGGAGCUGGCGCUGCAGGAUGCAGACGGCUGCACGCUGCUGCAUCACGCCGUCCAGACUGGCAGCAAAGACGUCGUCAAGUACCUCAUUGAAAACGUUCCCGCCUCCCACCUGGACCUCGCAGAAACGGAGACAGGGGAGACGGCGCUCCAUAAAGCCGCCACUCUCUGCCAGAGGAGCAUCUGCCACUUCCUGGUGGAGGCGGGGGCGUCGCUCAUGAAGACGGAUCUGCAGGGCGACACUCCCAAACAUCGGGCCGCCAAGGCCGACGACCAGGAACUGGCCAACUACCUGGAGAACUGCCAACAUUACCAGAUGAUCCAGAGAGAGGACCAGGAGACAGCAGUGUGACCCGGACGCCUCGUUCCUCCCGGCUCUGUUGGGGUUUUUUGGUUCUCGUUCUACACAGAGCUCCGUCUGUCGGGAUGCAAACUGAACAGAUCCUCUCUGCUGUCGGAGCCAGAUGGAUUCUUCUUCUCUUUUUGUUUUUUUUUUGUGCUUUAACUGAUGAGAGACGAGGCGUCUUGAUGAAUCCGGUUGCCUGAAGGAAGCUCAGACCCGACACAAAAUGCUUGUGGACACUAAAACAAACUUAAACUAGUUUUUAUUUCCCAGCCACAAGGAAGCACAGAGAGCGACGCAGCUGCUGGCGACCAACAGCGACAGCAUUCAUGUUUCUGCAGCUUUCAUGUCCAAUAAAGCAAAACGUGUCUUCUGUUAAGCUUCUAGUGACCUUUUGGAUGUUCACUGCAAACAAAUAAAUGUUUGGAUAUUUAAUGUAGACAGCGAUGAAUUUAAAUAUUUAUGAUCAGAUUGUAGAGAUAAACUCACGUUGCCUGUAAUCAGUUUUUAAUGUUUUACUUGUCUGUUACAGUGGAGAGCUUUUGUUUUGAUGUCUGUGGACUGUAAAUACCCGCAAAGCCAUUAGUUUGUUAAAAAGAAGCCGAAUCCAGAGUCUGCAGCCGAAUGAUUACGAGCUUCUAUGGCAGUCAGGAGACUCUUAUCACUGUAAGAUAUUCAUGUAAGGAUUGUUUGGUUUCAUCCAUUUCUGAGUGACCUGCAAUAAAGCAUGUCGGCAACAAAAUUA